AUGGCACGAGAGGGAAGGGUUCUUUGCCGGUUUGCUCUGCUGUUUUUAUUUGCUUGUUUCAUUUUCCCAACUGUUCUUUACAAGUCUAUAUCGCCGAAAUCACCACGAACAAACAACCCUGUGGUCGUUUCCAGUCGAACGAGGAAGUCAGUGGAACUAACUGACAACACGAACAACACGAACAACUCGACCAUGCUGCAAAAAGUGCUGACGUUGAUGAAGGCCCUUGCCGAUUCGUCUUCUCCGAAAAACUGUGUUAAACCAUCCAUAGAUGAAUUUCCAGAUGACUUUAUGACUCAGAACCAGCGACAAAAGCAAGGGGGUGUCGUCAUUCACUUUCUAUUAGCGCUUUACAUGUUCGUUGCUUUAGCGAUUGUUUGUGAUGACUACUUCGUUCCUUCUCUGGAGCAAAUCACCGACAAGUUACAUAUGCACUCCGAUGUCGCCGGUGCCACUUUCAUGGCCGCUGGUAGCUCUGCUCCUGAAUUAUUCACUUCUGUUAUCGGAGUUUUUAUAACAAAAAGUGACAUCGGCCUUGGUACUAUAGUAGGAUCUGCAGUGUUCAAUAUACUUUUUAUCGUGGCCAUUUGUGGUUUGUUCGCUGGCUCCACGCUGCGUCUGUCCCGGUGGCCGCUGCUGCGUGACUCGUUGUGUUACUUGUUGAGUAUUGUUGCUUUGAUCGCCAUUACUUACGACAAAAACGUGUUCUGGUACGAGUCAUUAGUGCUGGUUUGCAUGUACUUAUUAUAUGUUGUGAUCAUGUACUUCAACCAAUCCCUUGAGGGUUGUUUUCAGAGAUUAACAGGAUUUGAAGAGGGAGACAAGGACUUGCCUAAAAAUAGCUCAAAUGAUGAGGAAGGAAAGUCACUCCUUAGAAAUGAAGAAAGCUCAAACCCUUCAGAAAGUUAUCAAGAAGAAGAAGUACAAAUUAUUGACAAAGAUGAGGAUUCACCAUUUUCAGUACCUGAAGGCCUAAUUUCUCGAUCCCUUUGGAUUGUAGCAUUACCUCUCACAUGUCUUUUUUAUGUGACAAUUCCUGACUGCCGUAAAGAAAGAUGGGAGAAGUGGUACCUUGUUUCAUUUUUUGUAUCUGUGGUAUGGAUUGCGCUUCUCUCAUACGUCCUGGUUUGGAUGGUUGAAAUAAUCGGCUUCACGCUUGGCAUCGAUGAUGUCAUAAUGGGCCUUACUUUUCUUGCAGCAGGGAGUAGUGUGCCAGAUGGGAUAUCAAGCCUGAUUGUUGCUCGUCAAGGAGACGGGGACAUGGCUGUCUCAAACACAAUUGGAAGCAACGUAUUUGACAUCUUAUUAUGUCUAGGACUUCCUUGGCUUCUAAGGACCACAAUAGUUGACACUGGAGGCUAUGUAGUGGUUUUAAGUGGGAGCAUCAUUUACACAUCAAUUUCUCUAUUUGGUACGGUCUUUGUUACCUUACUGUUUGUAGUUUUAAACAAAUGGUAUUUAAAUAAGUGUCUUGGAAUGAUACUUCUUUUUCUUUACUUUGCUUUCAUUACAGUUGCAACCCUAUUUGAGCUUAACUAUUUUGGGGAUUUCAACAUGCCAAUCUGUCGGACAUAG